AUGUCAAAUGUAACCGCAGCGGUCAUAGCCAACCGCAAUAAAAAACAUUUCCUUGGUGUGCCUGCACCUCUGGGAUAUGUUGCUGGUGUUGGUCGUGGUGCUACUGGCUUCACCACACGCUCUGAUAUUGGCCCCGCUCGAGAUGCCAACGACGUGUCGGAUGAUCGACACGCUCCACCAGCUGCAAAAAGGAAGAAGAAAGAUGAAGAAGAGGAAGAGGACGAGGAUUUGAACGACUCGAAUUACGACGAGUUUAGUGGGUACAGUGGAUCUUUAUUCUCCAAAGAUCCAUACGAUAAAGACGAUGAGGAAGCUGAUGCAAUUUAUGACUCCAUUGAUAAACGCAUGGACGAGAAGAGGAAGGAAUAUAGAGAUCGCAGACUAAGAGAGGAUUUGGAACGAUAUCGUCAGGAGAGGCCCAAAAUACAACAGCAGUUCUCAGAUUUAAAGAGGUCACUGGCAACCGUAACGGCGGAAGAAUGGUCCAACAUACCAGAGGUUGGCGACAGUCGCAAUAGAAAGCAAAGGAAUGCUCGAGCUGAAAAGUUUACGCCUUUACCAGAUAGCGUUUUGGCAAGAAAUCUGGGAGGUGAAACGUCAUCAUCUAUAGAUCCUUCAUCGGGAUUAGCAUCAAUGGUACCGGGCGUAGCUACCCCAGGAAUGCUAACACCUACUGGUGACUUAGAUUUGAGAAAGAUUGGCCAAGCUCGUAACACUCUAAUGAAUGUCAAGCUUUCGCAAGUAUCUGACUCUGUAACUGGCCAGACUGUGGUAGACCCAAAAGGAUACCUAACUGAUUUGCAAAGUAUGAUUCCCACAUAUGGUGGGGAUAUAAAUGACAUUAAGAAGGCUCGUUUGCUUUUAAAGAGUGUAAGGGAGACCAAUCCGAAUCAUCCGCCAGCUUGGAUUGCAUCCGCUCGUCUGGAGGAAGUUACUGGUAAAGUUCAAAUGGCACGCAACCUUAUUAUGAGGGGAUGUGAGAUAAACCCCCAAUCUGAGGAUCUGUGGUUGGAAGCCGCUCGGCUGCAGCCCACUGACACCGCCAAAGCAGUCAUUGCUCAGGCAGCACGUCAUAUCCCAACAUCAGUUAGAAUUUGGAUAAAGGCUGCUGAUUUGGAGACCGAAAUAAAAGCCAAACGUCGUGUUUUCCGCAAAGCACUCGAACAUAUUCCCAACUCGGUCCGUCUGUGGAAAGCCGCAGUCGAAUUAGAGAAUCCGGAUGACGCCCGCAUCCUACUAUCAAGAGCCGUGGAAUGCUGCAACACCAGUGUGGAAUUGUGGCUGGCUUUAGCUCGAUUGGAGACCUAUGAAAAUGCACGUAAAGUUUUGAACAAAGCUCGCGAAAAUAUCCCAACGGAUCGACAAAUUUGGACAACUGCGGCGAAACUAGAAGAAGCUAAUGGCAAUAUUCAUAUGGUUGAAAAAAUAAUAGAUCGUUCGCUUACAUCACUUUCCGCAAAUGGUGUAGAAAUCAAUCGCGAACAUUGGUUCCAAGAGGCAAUUGAAGCUGAAAAAUCCGGCGCAGUACACUGUUGCCAAGCAAUAAUAAAGUCAAUAAUAGGAAUUGGCGUAGAGGAGGAGGACCGCAAACAAACUUGGAUGGACGAUGCCGAUUUUUGCGCCAAGGAAAAUGCCUUUGAAUGUGCCAGAGCUGUAUAUGCACAUGCUUUGCAGACUUUCCCAUCGAAAAAAAGCAUUUGGCUGCGCGCUGCGUAUUUUGAAAAAAAUCAUGGCACGCGUGAGUCACUGGAAGCUCUGUUGCAAAGAGCCGUCGCCCAUUGUCCUAAAUCGGAAGUUCUGUGGUUGAUGGGUGCCAAAUCUAAAUGGUUGGCCGGCGAUGUUCCCGCCGCAAGAGCCAUUCUUUCAUUAGCUUUCCAAGCCAACCCGAAUUCCGAAGAUAUUUGGUUAGCUGCAGUAAAAUUGGAAUCAGAAAAUUCUGAGUAUGAAAGGGCUCGUCGACUAUUGGCAAAAGCACGUGGAUCCGCCCCAACGCCGAGAGUUAUGAUGAAGUCUGCACGUCUCGAAUGGGCCCUGGACAGACUGGAAGAUGCCCUUCGACUGCUCGAAGAAGCAGUUGAAGUAUUUCCCGAUUUCCCAAAACUCUGGAUGAUGAAAGGCCAAAUAGAGGAGCAACAAAGGCGCCUCGAAGAAGCUGCAAAUACAUACAAUUUGGGUCUUAAAAAAUGCCCCACAUCUAUUCCGUUGUGGUUGCUGUCAGCGAAUUUAGAAGAACGUAAAGGUGUACUAACAAAAGCUCGUUCGAUACUCGAAAGAGCUCGUUUGCGGAACCCCAAGACACCCAUUUUGUGGUUGGAGGCAAUACGUGUAGAGCUACGAGCCGACUUAAAAGAAAUAGCCAGUACAAUGAUGGCAAGAGCACUACAAGAGUGUCCAAACUCAGGGCAGUUAUGGGCCGAAGCCAUAUUCAUGGAAUCUAAACCGCAACGAAAAACAAAAUCCGUCGAUGCACUCAAGAAAUGUGAACAUGAUCCCCAUGUCCUAUUAGCGGUAUCUAAACUUUUUUGGUCUGAACAUAAAUUCUCAAAGUGCCGAGACUGGUUCAACCGAACCGUUAAAAUUGAUCCCGAUUUAGGGGACGCUUGGGCAUAUUUCUACAAAUUCGAACUUCUACAUGGCACAGAAGCACAACAGAAGGAAGUUCUGGAGCGUUGCAUAAGCGCCGAACCAAAACAUGGCGAGGCAUGGUGUCGCGUCAGCAAAGAUAUCAGAAAUUGGUGCUAUAAGACGCCUGACAUUAUUAAAGCUGUAGUUAAAGAAAUAAAAAUUCCCAUAUAAUGUUCGAUAGAUGUACUAAAAUU